AUGUCGUAUCAACUGACGAUAAGUGGUAUUUCACAAUGGUUACUUCUACAACGAAGAUACAGCGAAAAGCAAGGAACCGACAUCAGACUAAAUCUUAACACGACCGAGGUUAAUGAAGCUCAGCUUAAAA